AUGGAAGAAUCGCAGGAGAGCCUCGAUGGCAGUUCGAUUAAACCAGUCUCGUCCUUACGCUCUCACUUUGAACAAAUGACAACAACGAAGCCCGCUGCCAACAGCUCUACCCCUCGCGCUGUCUCUCCGAAACCAAGCCAUUUAUCAUCUGUCGGACUGGGGGAGAGUGCAAAAGGUCUUGCUGCUAGGCAAGAGAUUUCGAAGCCAUUCGCAGAAGAGGCACACGGGUUACGAGGUAGACAAAUAGACCCCAAGGAUUUAGGACUUAGACCCUUUCGAAUUGCAUCCAACAACCCCUCUCCAUCCCCUACAAGAGCUCUCAGCGUUCGAACGACAUCUACGGCUCCAGCGCCUCCUGCUGUUACUGUCCAAUCACCACAAUCACCUCCAAAGAAUAGAGCUCCGAAUUUGAGCUUGGCAGGCGCAUCCACAUACUUAUCUACCGAUGCUUCUUUCUCCCCAAGUCCAGGAGGUACUUCUCCUAGACAUUUCCGCAUUCCUAGUCGACCCAACACACCUCUCGAGGCUGGCAGGUCACCUUCGUUGUCCGCGUCUAGGCCUCCGUCUCCGCCUCCACCGCGAAGAUCUGGUGAAGUGCGUCGCGAAUCUGUGUUCAAACCUUUACCACCUCCUGUCAAUAGAGCCGAAAAACCAAAAAUUGGGGCCAAGCCUAUAUCGCUUGGAUUGAAGCCAGAAUUAGCCGCGUUGGCUCCCGUAUCGCCAUAUAAGAAAGAACGAAGUUCGCCAUUUACAACUCCUCCAAGUGGCAACAGCAGCCCCGAACACGAUUUACAACUAGCAAGACCUCGUAGAACCAUGACCGAGAGUGCCACCCUUCAAUCGACCCAAAAGGCGUUUGACCCACCUCCAGUUCAUCAUGCUGUUGUUAACAAAAGGAAAGAUCAAGAGUCGAAUGGAAUUGGACGAGGGUUGAUUUCACCGCAGGUCACUGGGGAACAGCGGCCAGCACUACCAAACCGGCCUACCAUAAUCGCUGAAACGUCAAGCCCUCGACAUUUACCUCCCCCAAGCUCUAUGAUGCCACCUCCACCACGGCCUUCUAUCGAUCGAUCUCGACCAGCAAUGUCUACCACGCCCUCAGAUGACCUCAAGACAUUUGCCACUCCCCCAAAACGAGUAUUUUCUACCCCUACUUCGCAGCAGUUGCAAACACCUCCCAGGUCCCACGGUCGGUCUAUGACUGUCGAUCGGACUUCUGACAGAACGCCCGCGGAGUUUCGAACUCCGCCUGUGACGAAAUUUGAACCGCGUCAAUCUCUGGAUAUUGUUCCUUCUUCUACAUUACACAGCAGUCAGACACCGCCAAGCAUCAUAGAGUAUCCAGACUCAACCAACUCCAACAGACGGCCACCUCAUUUCAAGCAAGGUGCCCAUGAAAUAUCUACAAAAUAUGACACUCGUUUGAUUGACGUCUGUGGUGAGUUUGUUUGUACAUCUGGGCAUUUGACUAGAGUUUGGAGCAUACUGGAUGGGGAGAUUGUCUGUAGUCUGGCACACACGGAAGGCUUGAAAAUUGUUUCUGUAUCUUUCAAGCCAACAGUCGAUGUGAAGGACGAGGGUACACGACUUUGGCUCGGAAAUAACGUUGGGGAGCUAAUGGAGGUGGACGUGAGAACUCAAAGCGUGGUUUCCUCCAAGGCGAGCGCCCAUACACGCCGUGAGGUGAUCAAAAUAUUUCGUCAUCGUAACGAGAUGUGGACUUUGGAUGAUGGCGGGACAUUGCAUGUAUGGGGACCAGACAGUACCGGAAUUCCACAGCUGAGCAACCCAGUUCAGAGCUAUAGGGUCCCCAAGGGUCAUACGUUCUCGAUGGUUGUCGAAGACGAGUAUUGGCAUGCAGCCGGCAAGGAUAUUCGGAUCUUCAUGCCAACUGUAGAUGGGUGUGUCCAAUUUCAAGUGCUUGCUAGGCCGCUGAAUCAGCCGAAUACAGGAGACAUAACAUCUGGCGCUGCCAUCCAUUCACAACCUGACAGAGUGUAUUUUGGCCAUACUGACGGAAAGGUUAGCAUAUAUUCACGUCACGACUUUGCUUGUUUGGGUGUCGUAAAUGUGAGUGUCUAUAAGAUCACAACACUUGCUGGGGAAGGAGACAAACUCUGGGUUGGGUUCAGUACUGGUAUGGUGUAUAUCUACGACACAACCACAACUCCGUGGCAAAUCAAGAAGGAAUGGAAAGCUCACAGUGAUCCUGUUAUCAAAUUGAUCGCCGACAGCAGCAGUUUCUUCUUCUUAGACCGAGCUCAGGUAGUCUCACUUGGCCAGGACAACACGGUGCGAAUUUGGGAUGGAUUGUUACAAGAUGACUGGAUGGAGUCUCAAAUGCAGGCUCAGGAAGCCAGCUACUGUGAAUUUAAUCACCUCAAAGCCUUGGUUAUGACUUGGAAUGCAGGAGCCUCUACGCCUUUCCAUCUUCAACAUUCUGAUCAAGACUCGACUUUUUUCCGCAAUCUUCUUCAGGGCAGCGAUUCGCCCGAUAUUCUCGUAUUUGGGUUUCAGGAGCUGGUAGAUCUUGAAGACAAGACUAGAACUGCUAAAAGCUUCUUCAAGUCGAAGAAAAAAGAUCCACAUACAGAGCAGGAACAUAUGAGCCAUCAGUACCGGGAUUGGCGCGAUUUCCUCACUCGCUGCAUUGAUGACUACAUGCCAAGAAGCGAGCUUUACCAUCUUGUUCACACUUCUCAUCUUGUCGGGCUUUUCACCUGUAUCUUUGUAAAGGCUCCCCUUAGAGACCGCAUCCGUAGCGUUUGCGGAGCCGAGGUCAAGCGCGGCAUGGGAGGCUUGCAUGGUAACAAAGGUGCUCUUAUUGUCAGAUUUGUUCUGGAUGAUACAUCUCUAUGUUUCAUCAACUGCCAUUUAGCAGCAGGUCAAUCACAAACUAAAGACCGCAACAAUGACAUAACUUCAAUUCUUGAAAGUUACAUCUUACCAGUCGAGAGAGAUCGAGAAAUCCGACAGGAUAGUUAUACUGGAGGUGGCGACGGGAGCAUGAUACUGGACCAUGAGAUAUGUAUUCUCAAUGGUGACCUGAAUUAUCGUAUCGAUACGAUGGGGCGAGACACGGUUGUGAGCGCAGUGAGGACCAGCAACCUCGCCAAGCUUCUUGAACGAGAUCAAUUGCUCGCGUCGAGGAGGAAGAAUCCGUGGUUCAAGCUGCGCGCUUUCGACGAACGUCCUAUAACUUUUGCACCAACCUACAAGUAUGAUGUUGGUACUGAUAACUAUGAUACCAGCGAGAAAAAGCGGUCACCUGCAUGGUGUGACCGAAUUCUCUGUAGGGGCCAGAAUCGCAUACAGCAAAUUGACUAUCGUCGUCACGAGGUUCGAGUUUCUGACCACAGACCAGUGACUGGUCAAUUUAAUCUGAUUACAAAGACAAUAUCUCCAAAGAAAAGGGCAAUGAAGUGGGAUGAUUGCCAACGUCAGUGGUUGGAAAUGAAGGAUGAGCGAGGAAAUGCUUCCAAGCUCAUCUAUUUAACCAAUGUGCUGGGGUUUGACGAAGUCACAAGUAAAAAAAUGAUUCAGAAAUCUAAAAGAGCGCAUUGA